GGGCGGUGGGAAGAAGGGGAGCCCCCCCGAGGCAAGGGCGCGGGUCCCGGGGCCCCCGGAAGGCCGGACGAACUCGCCGCUUUGCGCCCCAGUCGGCCUUCCGUGGAACUGCAGAGCUGGAAAAGAUACCCCCGGGGUCAUCUAGACCGACCCCCCGAGACGCAGGAAGCUGAGCGAAGCAUCCACGGCAGGGCUCCUUUCUAGCAGAUGGAAACCUUUAAGCACUGUACACUGACCGGAUUGGGUGAAGGGCUGGAUUUCCAAAGCUUCGGGAAUGAAAGCAUAUCGUAUUUUGCCUACGGUAGUAACCUGCUGCGGGAGAGGAUAAUGUUAAGAAACCCGUCUGCCGUUUUUCUCACCCUGGCACAGCUACUGGAUUACAAACUUGCUUUUGGCUCUCAUCAUGGCAAGCCCAGUUCUAACUGGCAUGGAAGUACAGCAACUAUAAUCCAUAGUCCUGGCGAUGAAGUGUGGGGAGUCGUAUGGAGAAUGAGUCCUACCGAUUUACCUUCUCUGGAUAGACAAGAGGGAGUUGAACAAGGUAUUUACAUCCCAAUAGAAGUUACAGUCCAGACUCAAGAAGGGAAAACACUUAAGAGUCGUAGCUACCAAAUGACAGACUAUGUCUUAGGCCUUCCUUCCCCGCAGUAUAAAAAGGUCAUUUGCAUGGGUGCAAAGCAGAACGGUUUGCCAGUGGACUACCAGAAGAAAUUAGACUCUAUACAGACGAAUGACUAUGCAGGACCCGUGCCGGUUUUUGAUGAAAUUGAAGCUGCUCUCAGCGAAAAUGAGAUAACAAAAUAAUAAAGAAACGUUUUAGAAUCCCCUG